AUGAUCCUGCAAGACGUUGCAUAUCAGUUGGGACUCAGGAUUGAUGGUGAUCCUGUGAGUGGAUGCAUCAGUGGGUGGGAGCAGCACCACCAGGGAUGGACCAUUGAGGAGUUAUGUGAGCAAAUACUGGGUGUUGUUCCUGGCCCAGAGGACAAGCAGUCACAGACGAAGUGGACUGUCAAGCUCACUUGGUUCCACAACACGGUCUGUGGAGAGUUAGAGCAGGAUGCCACAGAGGAGCGACUGAUGAGGUAUACGAGAGGAUACAUUAUGCAGUUGAUAGGCGGUAUCUUCUUCCCCGGUGCAUCUGACUCUCGGGUGCAUAUCAGGUGGCUUCCCCUGCUGGAGGACCUUGAUGCAUGUGGCCGGUUGUCGUGGGGUUCGGCUGUGCUGGCAUGGCUGUAUCGCCAGAUGUGCCGGACAACAAAGCAUGGUCAGCGCAACUUGGGAGGAUGCGUCAGCUUGAUGCUUUCUUGGGCCUACCACCGUAUUCCAUUAGUACGGCCUGAUGGGUUUGAUGGUCGUCGCUUUCCUCUGAUGGAAAGGUGGGUUCAGUACCGGCCGGACAAUACUACAGGCGAGCACAUAUUGAGGCAGUACAGGCGUACGCUAAACGGGAUUGGGAUGCUGAAUGUUGAGUGGACGUUAUAUGUUGACCCGCAGCUGUUUGGGCUUGUUCCACUGGCGAUAGCAGAGGCAGAUGCCACAGCAGCGGUUGUUUGUCCACUGAUGUAUUUCACUAUCGUCGAGUGGCAUCAGGUGUACCGAGUGGUACGUCAGUUCGGUGGCCUGCAGCACAUUCCCACUAGGCCACUGAACAUUGACGACAUGCACAGGCUUUAUGGGAGAUUCGGUCGCGGCGAGUGGUUCCCGCAUCUGCUUGGUGGCUGGCAUGAGAUGUGGGAUGCUCGGGCCGACCAUCGUCUGCCGAUAUAUCAUCAUAUAGACAUGCGUCCGUCCCUUCCAUAUAUGACAUGGUACCUGUAG